AUGGAGAUUUUGAAACCCUUCUUUUGCUUUCUGCUCUACUUCACUCUAUGCUUCCAUCUCUCUUCUUCUUCUUCCUCUUCAGAUGUUGAGCUUCUGCUGGGGAACAUCAAGGCUUCACUGCAAGGUAACUCUCAAAGCUUGUUGUUAACUUCAUGGAACACUUCUGUGCCUCUGUGCCAAUGGAGAGGCCUGAAAUGGGUUUUCUCCAACGGCUCUGUUUUGCCUUGCAAUGACAUGUCCUCACCCCAUUGGACCAAUCUUUCUCUCUCCAGAGACCCAAGUCUCCACCUUUACUCUCUUCAGCUCCCCUCUGCUAAUCUCUCUGGUUCACUACCCAGAGAAAUAGGGGAGUUUUCUAUGCUUAGAAGCUUGUACCUUAAUGUCAAUUCAUUGAGUGGGACCAUCCCACUUGAGCUUGGUUAUAGCUCUUCACUUUCUGAAAUUGAUUUGGGGAGCAAUUUGUUCACUGGGGCUUUAGCUCCAUCUGUGUGGAACUUGUGUGAGAAUCUUGUCUCGCUUCGGCUUCAUGCUAAUUUGUUAACUGGGCCUGUUCCUGAGCCUGCAUUGCCCAAUUCUACCUGCAAAGAUUUGCAGGUUCUUGAUUUGGGUGACAACAAGUUUUCAGGGAACUUUCCUGAAUUUGUGACCCAGUUUGGUGGGCUUAAGGAGCUUGAUCUUGGGAAAAACAUGAUUUCGGGUCCGAUUCCUGUGAGUUUGGGUAAGCUGGAACUUGACAAGUUGAACCUUUCACACAAUAAUUUUAGUGGGGUGUUGCCAGUUUUUGGAGGAUCAAAGUUUGGUGUGGAGGCUUUUGAGGGGAACAACCCUGGACUUUGUGGGGUGCCCUUGAGAAGUUGUAGUGGAAGCACUGGGUUGAGUCCUGGUGCAAUUGCUGGUAUUGUCAUUGGUUUGAUGACUGGGACUGUGGUUUUGGCUUCACUUUGUAUUGGGUAUGUGCAACACAAGAAGAAGAACAGCAGCGCGGAGAGUGAUUAUGAGUUGGAGGAAGGAGACGAUGAAGAAAAUGGGGGUCUUGGUGAUGGUGGUGGUGAUCAGGGAAGGCUUAUAUUGUUUCAGGGUGGUGAGCAUUUGACAUUAGACGAUGUGUUGAAUGCCACAGGACAAGUGUUGGAGAAGACCAGCUAUGGGACUGUGUAUAAGGCAAAGCUUGCAGAUGGGGGCACCAUUACUCUGAGGUUAUUGAGGGAAGGUAGUUGCAAAGAUGGGAGCUUGUGUGUGCCUGUAAUAAAGCAAUUGGGCCGCAUUCGCCAUGAGAAUUUGAUUCCAUUGAGAGCUUUCUAUCAGGGGAAGCGAGGGGAGAAGCUUCUGAUAUAUGACCAUCUUCCUCUCAAAAGCCUCCAUGAUCUUUUACAUGAAUCUAGAGUUGGGAAACCUGUGCUGAACUGGGCUCGGCGACACAAGAUUGCAUUGGGUAUAGCUAGAGGACUAGCAUAUCUCCAUGCAGGUCUUGAAACACCUGUUACUCAUGGGACUGUUAGAUCAAAGAAUGUGCUUGUGGACGAGUUUUUCGUAUCUAGGCUCACUGAGUUUGGGCUUGACAAGGUGAUGAUCCCCUCUGUAGCCGAUGAAAUGGUGGCUGUUGCAAAGGCUGAUGGUUACAAGGCACCGGAGCUUCAAAAGAUGAAGAAAUGCAAUUCUCGGACGGAUGUGUAUGCAUUUGGGAUUUUGCUAUUGGAAAUUCUGAUAGGCAAGAAGCCUGGUAAAAGUGGAAGGAGUGGCGAAUUCAUGGAUUUGCCUUCACUGGUCAAAGUGGCAGUUCUGGAGGAGACAACAUUGGAGGUUUUUGAUGUGGAGGUAUUGAAGGGGAUAAGGAAUCCCAUGGAAGAAGGUUUGGUUCAGGCAUUGAAACUUGCAAUGGGUUGCUGCGCUCCAGUUGCUUCGGUUAGACCCUCCAUGGAUGAAGUUGUGAAGCAGUUGGAAGAGAACAGACCAAGGAAUAGGUCUGCUUUGUACAGCCCAGCAGAAGAAAGGAGUGAGAUUAGUACCCCAUUUUGAGUUUGCUUAUCUAAAAUGUUUAAAUUAUCUGUCAUUUAGUUGAGCAUUGUAGUUGUCUAGCUUGUGAUGGAUUGGUGAUAGAGCUUCAUAUAUGAGGGUUAUAUUUCAAAUAUGAAGAUCAAUCCAUGGUUUCAAUGUACUUAUGACAAUGCUUCUCGUAGCUUCCUCUUUAAGCAGUGUUGGAAAAUGGAAUUAAUGAAAUAUCAAAAUAUAUGGUC